GGCUCGCCGGAUUUGGGUGUAUGGUUGGUAUGCAAUAUAUGUUGGCGUUAAGAGGCGGACACGCAUUGGCUACUCCAGCCGCUCUAGAUAACACGGGACAAAAUGUUCUGUGAGGCUGAGAAUUGCCAAAAAUAUAUAUAGAGAUAGCAAAAGAUCUGUGCAAUGCUAGCGCAAUGCGUGUUUGGCCUGAAUAUCUAACUCAAUCUCAUGAUGAGCUCUAUUUUUCCCGAUCGUCUUUUAACAAAUGUCACCAUAAAAGUGCCCAACAGUACAACCCAACAUGGCAAUGAGCAUAUAUUGUGCCUUCCUAUUACCAAGGACUACUGGCCUUCAGUUGCAGCUGUUAUCAUUUUCUUUGCCACAAAUUAUUUGGCCCAUGCAGCGACUGUUAAAUCAAGCCCUGGAGAUGACACCCUUCUUCAGGGUUGUAAUGCUCUUUUGGCGUUGUUUUUUCCGAUGUCUGGUCUCCUGCGAGCGCUCAACGCUAUUGUUCGAUUACCAAUAUUCGCUCGAAACGAGCUCGAAAAGGCAUGCAGAGCCGGGGCAUUAUGCAUGGUUGUUCGAGCACCUCACUGGAGACCUAAGACGGGUCAAAAGUUUUCUGUGGGAGUAGUGCUUGAGGAUGAUAGAGACGUGGAGAAUACGGAUCCUGAGGGGCAAUUUAGGCACGACUCUUCUCAGCCUAUAAAAGCAAACAUGAUUACAUAUCUUCCUUCAUAUGCCCGCGAACAAUCAUCCACGUGGAUACACUUUGAUUCCGUCUGGGCCAGAUCGCGCGUGGAUUUACGAUUGUCGCGAGUACAUGGUACAUAUGAUCUUCCAGAAGGUUAUGAGUUUGCCAUAGUACCCCGCAACACCUUUUUGAUUUCCCAAGUGGCUUCAGCUACUCACGGAGAUCCAAGACUUAGUAGCGAGAUCAGUGCUAGCUACAGUAUUCUAAAAGCAGUGGCUUCACUUAUCCAGGUUGUCGCCGCGUUUACCACCCUUCUCUCCAAUCGCCCAGAUUUGAUUAGUCGCUGGGGAUACGCGUCAUAUCAUCUUACAGUUAUACCAUAUCUUGCCAUGACUCUUGUUAAUCUAAUUUCAAACAUGGUCUCUCCAGACUAUUCUUGCUUGUACAUGAUACGCAGCGAGACUAUGGUUGAAGCAGAAAAACUGGGUGGAAGAUUUGAAGGCGAAAUAGCCCAAAUGAUUUCUCUUCUACCAAAAGAUGGGAUGCAAGUUGAGAAUCCAGCAUGGAGUGGUCUUACCAAAAAAGAUAUUCAAAACUUCUCCUUUACACUUACUUCGACGGCUAGUGAGAUGCAAAUCUUCAAAAUGGUCAUUUAUCUACUUGAUCUAAUCACUGCAAGUAAGGCAAAGAAGAAGCCAUCCGCCAAAGAUGCGAAAAUGACAUAUCUGGAAGUAGUUUCUCAACUCAAUGCUUCCACUGCUCCUCCCACAAACGAAUCUGAAACGAGCCCAAAUCAUCCCAGCCAACCUGCAGAUCCAACUGGUAUAACAUUACCUAAUGGUGGUGACGAGAACCUGGUGGCACAAAAUAUUUUCUUCGCCGAUGAAUCUCGUACGCAGUCUAAUCCGGAGGACAUCCUAGCAAGGCCAGUGGGCUCAACGGAUGAGUACCAAAUCCAAAUCCCUUGUGCACCCAAGCUAUCAUCAGGAAAAGGCCUAUUAUAUACCAUUCAUCAAUUUAUGGAGGAUUUGUCAUCUGCUCGGGGUGAGAAGACAAGUUCAUUUUUCGCCAUAUUGCAAAACAUGAAGGAAAAUAGGAUAAGGCUUGAAGCCUACAAAAUCCCAGGCCUCACCAGCUCUUACUUCAAACGAACGAUGCUUUUAUACACUCUUGCAUUGCAAGGUCAUAUUAUUCCAAUAACUUCGGAUGAAAAUGCAGAGUUCGCUCCAGUUCGAUCGGCUAUAAUUUACCACCCAAAUUGCCAUCGAUUUCUCCGCUGGGAUGACUUCGCUGACACGCCUAAAGUUGAUGAAAAAAAGCCCAAUACAAUCCAACUCAAAGCACUAUCGCCAAUCACUGAUAGCGAAGAAAAUGAUCUAGCCGCGUCUAUUUCCAACGUGCGUACACUACUCAAACUGCCGGGAAGACCCACUACGACUGCCGCAUCAAUCGCCGAGCUCGAAGAGUUUCUUUUUUCGCCAACUAUAACAAGAACAAGCAGACGAACAGGAUGGGCUAUACUAGUAGAGAUUAGUAUCGGAAUUUGUGUUGUAGGUCUUUUCUUUGGGUUAAUUGCGGGAUUGACGAAAUUUCGCUCUGGUGGGAGUUCCGUAACUGAAAGAGGUAUCAUGAUGACAUGGCUUGCAAGUGGCCUAUAUGGAUUCUGUCUUCCUCUUCUUAGUACCCUUGAGCUUCUUAAGAUUCUCUUUUUGUUUCCAGCCAUUUUUUGUUUGUGUUUAUCCGGUGCUCCGGCAUUCCAUCAUAAAAUUUAUGAAGUUAAUAAAACGUUUCUAAAUGAUGAACAAAAUGAAACUGGCGAUUGGAAAAAGAGGACUACAAAGUUCAUUCAAGCAUAUUUCAAAUCUAUAUUUGGAAUGGUCGGGGAGACAUCUCUUAUUUUUGCUCCUCAACCAACAAUAGGAACUUUCAUGUAUGCGUUUGCUUUUAUUCCUCUUGGAAUUUUCAUCCCGCCUGUUUGGGGUUUUGUGCUGGUGGGAAGAAUGAUCACGGAGUGGGGAGAUUGUGUGAGGUUAUACUGACACUGGAUCAUGGUUCGAUCUGGUUGCUUUAAUACGAUAUUGGUUGAGAACUAAGGAGGAUAUUGAGAAAAAACUACACUGAUUCAGACUCGAAAAUUUGGCGUUUAUGAAGUGUUGUCAUGAGUAUCGAUUUUCUUAAUUAAAUAGCUUCUUGAACAAAAAUCACAACAACAUGGAAUGGAUUCCA